AUGCCGAAUAACUGCAUCGUACUUGUUGGAAAGAAUGGAGUCUCGCUGGUCACGUUUUUCGACGCAAAGCUGCGGAUAUUGUCCACUGUUCUGCACCCGGCAUUUAAGAUUGAAGCCCUGCACUGUAACCCUUCGGUGGUCAACUACCAAAUUAUCAGGCAAUGGAGCAACGAGCUUUAUAAGCAGCUGUUCCCAAACAGUGGGGGAAUUUUGUCGGCUUCUAUUGCAGCUUAUUUGUCGAAAUCGACACCGUUUGAUGAAGAAAUCGCCGCCGGACAAGACAUCCGUCCAUUCUGGGUGAUUAGCGGCACGGUCUAUAAAGAGCUCAGCAACCUAGCACUGCUCCUCUAUGAUGCUUGCCCUCACGCUGCUGGACUAGAGCGAAUUUGGAGCUCCAUGGGUACCAUUCUCACGAAGCCGAGAAACCGGCUCGACAUUCGAAAGACUAACGACCUUGCUAAAGUAAAGCUCAACAUAAUACGCGAGCGGCGAAUGGAUCUGGCUGCGAAAACACAUAUUGAGCGAAAGGUCACUACAGUAUCUUUGCUCCCGGACCCUGUCGUCGUUGCCGAAGAAGAUCUGGAGGUUGGCGAAGUAUCUGGGAGUCAAACAGACGACGUCACCAUAUUCAUGGAUUUUGCAAGCGAUUUCGAGGAACUGCUAGACGAGCCCGUCGCCGAAAAUGAUUGCGAAAACCAUCAGAUCGCGUUGCGCGCAAUUUUUGGGUUUGGUCUGUUGUUGUAGCUUAAUAGUCGCGUCAGUUUAAUAACUAUCUAACAUUUUUUUCAAGAGACUUCUUUGCUGGAACCAGGUAGAAUAAAAAUUUUGCUGGGAAAAAUAUGUAGGAAAUUAAUUAGUAAAUUAGUAAUCUAUCCCACCAAUCACAUCACUUCCUGUUCACAUUCCCAUCCCAUCCCACCGCCAAAAACUUGGUGGGAUGACAACCCUAUAGAGAAGUGUAUUUAAUAAAGAAGUGUAUGUAACGAGAGGUUUUACUGUACGCGUUUAUUGGUUUACUGGUUCCUGGUUACUGGUUUGUUUUGGUUACUAGUUUUUUUUGGUUACUGGUUUGGUUUACUGGUUACUGGUUUGUUU